AUCGAUGGCGCGGCGGCGAAUAGGGAUGAGAGAAAUUUGUUGUUCACCAAAAAGUUCAUCAAAAUCUGAUAGUCCUAAUUCUCCAUCUACUUCACUAUUCUCUUCCCCUUCGCGUUUCUCGUUUUCGCCAUCUCGUCCGAGUUUUUCCGAUUCAGUUAUGAAUCGGACACUCGAGAUGGCGGAACCGAUGAUCAUGAAAUGGGACCCUAACACUACUAACUAUGCUAAAGUAACUUCUCUUUUCUACGAGAGUAGAGGAGAAGCUAAUGAUUUCAUCAAGUGUGUGUAUAAUUUACAGAAGGCGAUGCACUUUCAUUCCAUGGAAAAUUCAAAAUCAGAUAAGCUUGUUCGUGCUCAAUCGUUGAUGCAAGUUGCUGUGAAGAGACUCCAGAAGGAGUUUUACCAGAUUCUAUCGAUGAAUCGAGCUCAUUUGGAUCCUGAAUCAAUAACUACAGUUUCUUCUCGAACUUCAGCUCGUUCGAGUUUGUCUGAGUUUGAAGAUGAGGAAGAGGAUGAUCGUAUUGUUGUUGUUGCUGGUGAGUCGAUUUCUGAAGUAGAGGAUGUAUCGAAUGUUGCAAUGGCGGAUUUGAGAUUGAUUGCUGAGUGUAUGAUUUCUUCUGGAUAUGCGAAGGAGUGUGUGAAGAUUUACAAAGUUAUACGUAAAUCGAUUAUCGAUGAAGCGAUUUAUAGACUCAAUGUUGAGAAAUUGAGUUCUUCGCAAGUUCAUAAAAUGGAUUGGGAAGUUUUGGAUCUGAAGAUUAAGGAUUGGCUUCGAGCAGCAGAUGUAGCUGUGAAAAUAUUGUUCAAUGGAGAGAGAAUUCUCUGCGAUCACGUUUUUUUGUCCAACGAUUCAAUAAGAGAAUCAUGCUUUACUGAAAUUUCAAAAGACGGAUCCAUGAUUCUGUUUAGCUUCCCGGAAAUUGUAGCGAAAAAUUGUAAGAAAUCGCCGGAAAAAGUGUUCCGUCUCCUCGAUAUGUACACCGCCAUCUCUGAACACUGGCCGGAAAUUGAAGCUAUUUUUUCUUCCGAUUCAGAAUCUGUUAUCCGAUCUCAAGUGUUAACGUCACACGACAAGCUCGGCGAGUCUAUAAGGACGGCGUUAGCUGAGUUUGAGACAGUUCUCCAGAAGGAAUCCUCAAAAACACCGAUCGCCGGCGGUGGAAUCCACCAUCUCACCGUCGAUGUAAUGGAUUACGUUACUCUACUUGCCGAUUACAGCAACGUCCUCUCCGAUAUCCUCGCUGAAUCUCCUCCUCCGGCCAAAGGUUCGUUGCCGGAAUCAUACUUCGGUAUAGCCGAUACCGAUGAAUCUCCGGCACCGGCAAUCUCACUCCGAUUCGCUUGGCUGAUUCUCAUUCUUCUCUGCAAACUCGACGGCAAAGCAAAGCACUACAAGGACGUUUCCUUCGCGUACCUCUUCUUAGCCAACAAUCUCCGGUACAUCAUCGUAAAAGUCCGUUCAUCGAAUCUCAAAUACUUGCUAGGUGAAAAUUGGAUAUCAAAACACGAUGAAAAGGUGAAGCAGUUCGCGUCAAACUACGAACGGUUAGGAUGGAGCCACGUCAUUGAAUCUCUCCCGCGAGAACCAAAUGCAUCAAUGGCUCCCCAACAAGUGAAGGAAAUUUUCAAGAGAUUCAAUUCAUCAUUCGAGCAAGCUCACCGAAAGCAUUCAAUGUGUGUGGUAAGUGAUAGUUAUCUCCGCGAUGAAUUAAAAAUAUCCAUCACGGAGAAAAUACUACCAGCUUAUAGAGAGUUUUACAAUAAACAUAGAAAUACAAUAAUAAAAGAGAGACAUUCAGCUCAUGUGGUUAGAUUUUCUCCGGAGGAGGUAGGACAUCAGUUAUCCGAUUUAUUUUUCGGACCGAUUGAAUUAGAAAGAUGUUUAUCAUUCGAGUUUUCUCCAUCGAGAUAA